CGUUUGUUGAAGUGCAGUGGUUGACGUUUCUUGACUACAUCCGGGUAACGGAGCUUACCAGUCAUUCACUAAUUUGCCUUAUCUAGGUCUGCAUUGUUGAAUGUGAGAGUGGAGACUGUGGGGGAUCUGGAGGACGUUGCCACCACAAUUUUUGAGGAAGCGCUGGCCAACAAAGAGUUCUGCGAUGUGUACGCCGAUUUCUGUGAACGCCUGGAAACGAAAUGCUCCACGCAACGGAUGGUAGUGACCCAGUCCAUCGAUGGCGACUACUAUUCGUUGCUGGAGGAGAAGUUUCCACACAAAAUUGCAGGACCUUUUGAAACGAAAGGGCAAAGUGUAGUGAUUUGGACCUGGUAAAACUAGAUCCAUCGCUGCGUUUGAAGGCAGCAGGGAUGUCUUUCCGAGACGGGAAGCUGUAUAAACAAUGGGAAGACGAGCAGCAGCACAAGUUCUACCUGUCCAGGCCCCUCGUACUCAAGGGGGGGUAUAACAGUCGCCGUCAGGCAAAGCGCUCGAUGGGUAAUCUUCACUUGGUUCGGUGCGUUUUACUGAGAUGUUGCCAAGCAGUGCUGGAGGUGAAGAAGGCCUCUGGACUGAAGACGGAACAGUUGGAGCACGUGAGACAGCGCAAAGAGGACACAUGCCAUUUCCUCGGCGCAUUGUUUCGACGAGGCAUUGUUGAAGACGACACCAUGCACCGGUGCAUUGAAAUGCUUCUUGGUGUCCGAAAGAAUCUCGAAGGAGAGUUUGAUUACUUGAACCCCGACGCUGUUCCGAAUGAUAUUAACCUUAAUGGACUGUGCACUCUUGGAGUCCGCUGGGUCAGUUUUGGAAUCUCGAAGCAACAAUAUGCUCGUGUUCAAGUACUUUUGGCUAUUGAAGGACCAACUCAACAGGGGCGCGAAGUUAUCAACGACGCUUGCAGCUCGUCUUCUAGCUGUCAUUGAUCUCCGUAGAGGAGGUUGGGACGUUGAGGCAAUGGAAAGAAAGAGACUGACCGAACAGAUCGCGCAAGUGGUUGGGCAAAAGCGAGGACGAGCGGAGUAAAUUGAGCGAGCUUGCAAUGGUGUUGUGCUGUGUUGGACUGAUGAUUAGCUUUUUUUAUGAUUUGGACAAGUUCGGUCAAGUGCCUAACAAACCGACAGUUCAUUUCCCAAAGCUGCAUUUAAAACGGAGUGCUAUACUUUCCAAGUAUCAAAGAAAAACUUGUAAUGAAAGGGCGCCAAAGAAAUGGUUUUCGACCGUCAUUAGUUUAUGAGAUGGAAGGGAAUCUGUCUUAAUCUUGAGCGGAUGAGUCAAAAUUUCACGAAAUUUAAGUAUCUACGCACUAAAAUACACGAUUUUUUUUACAAGGGGC